GACGAGCUAGCUAGCCUCAGGCGCAGCUAGUCAUAGCUUUCUUUCUUUCUAGGCAGCACACCUCUCUUCCUCUCCAACGCUUGUUGCUCCCCUCGCUUCCAAUCCAGCCUACUCAACUCAAACUUCCACACGCCGGGAGAGAAAGAGAGCCAUGCACAGCUACAGAGCCAUGCACCCCCACCCCCACCCGUACCACACCGCCCCUGCCCCUCCGACCAAGAUGGCCAGUGGUGGCCAUGGCGGCGCCACCGAGGAUGACGACCAGUCCAUGCUCCUCCUCUCCCUCUGGCCGCCCGGCCACCACCACGACGCAGCGGCCUCCUCCUCGGCGUGCUCCUCCCACUCCGUGGCCACUGCCGCGCACUCCACCGCGUCUUCGCCCUGGUUCAACCCAAGCCAUGUCUACCAUGGCUGUGGCGUUGGAGGCGGCGGCGGCGGCGGCGGCAGCGGCAGCUUCUUGUUCCACGAGCAGGACCCUAACGUGAGCGUGUCACUCUCCAUCGCCCCUCCGUCUCCGUGCGGUGCCAAUCUGGCUCCCUGCGGCGGGAGCUUCGCCGCGCCAGUCGCGCCGCCCUCGGCCGCCACGGCGGGCGGGAACCAGGUGCCCAGCCAGUACUGGAUCCCCUCCGCCGCCGAGAUCCUCGUCGGCUCCACCCAGUUCUCCUGCGCAGUCUGCAACAAGAGCUUCAACCGCUUCAACAACAUGCAGAUGCAUAUGUGGGGGCACGGGUCGCAGUACCGCAAGGGGUCGGAGUCGCUGCGGGGGGCGGUGACGGUGGGCACGGCUGCGCCGCCGCCGUCGCUGAUGCGGCUGCCGUGCUACUGCUGCGCGGAGGGGUGCCGGAACAACAUUGACCACCCGCGGGCGCGGCCGCUCAAGGACUUCCGCACGCUGCAGACGCACUACCGCCGUAAGCACGGCGCGCGGCCCUACGCGUGCCGCCGGUGCGGCAAGCGGUUCGCCGUGCGCGGCGACUGGCGCACCCACGAGAAGAACUGCGGCAAGCUGUGGUUCUGCGUCUGCGGCUCCGACUUCAAGCACAAGCGCUCCCUCAAGGACCACGUCCGCUCCUUCGGAGGCGGCCACGCGCCGCACAUCAUUGAGUCCGUGACCGUCGACGAGGAUGAGGACGAGGACGACGAGCACGACGACGGCGACCUGCAUCUGUACGAUGAGAACGGCAACGCCGGCGAUGGCAGCGACAUGGUCUUGCUCUAGACAACUCCUCCUUCUUCGUUGUUAGCUUUGUUGCCUGCACGAUGUCUUUAGUUAGUACUAGUCCACUAUGGUACGUAGCUUCUAGGUUUAGUUUCGCAUUGCUUCCCAAGUGCAUCAUCAUUAGUACGUCCAGAGUGCUUGCAUGGCGAGGUGUUACUGCCCUAGUGCAAGCUUAAUUAACUACAACUGUAUGUCUGUGUGUCUGUCUCAUGGAAGAAGUGUCGUAGUACGUACGGUCAGAGUCAUGCCGAUCGACCGAGAUGUGGUAGUGUACUGUGUCAUGG